GAAAUAGGUUCAUAUUAGCGUUAAGGUAAGGGCUGGGCGGAAAUCGACUAUGAGUAAGAUUAGGGACAGGCUGUAGAGAAUGAAUGAAAGUCAAUAAGGUCAUGUCUUCGCCAUCCUAGGAAAAAAAUGCUGUCCCGGUCAUGUUCAUUUUUGGUUUUGUUUAUGUUCGUGUGUGUGCUUGUCCAUAGUUGUGUCUAAAAGUUUACGUGGGCUAGGGUUAGGCGAUGUAGGCCUGUCCGCGUAGUGAAAGAGAAGAGAAGUGAGGGAUUAGGGGAUUGGGAUUAGGAUUAGGGGACCUGUGUGAGAUAGUGAAUUUAAACACAGGCAGACAAUAUCCAAACCACCGUAAUUUAACUUGAAUUUUUCUGGAGACUACGCCACUUACGCAUGAUGUCAGUUAACCAAACAGGGCGAGGUGAGGGAGAUGAAGUGGACAUGAGAGCUGCUGGCUGGUAGGCCUGGGUCAUGAACUUUGUCCUUAUUUUUUAGAGUCCUGUCCUCUGUUUGCAGCUGACGACUAACAUCAGCAGUUGAGACAAGUGGGAAACUCAGCCUAAUCUAAGGGCCGAGACCGUUCUGCCCAGCACCCUGAGACACGAACACCAUCCUAAAGAGACAUCAUGGCUUACUCAAGGAUCCGCGUAAAACUUCUCCCAAGCUUUCGCUGUUUAUUUGAUAAAGCGGUUCAGAUUAAAGUGGAAGGACUUGCUCCUCGCCAGAGAGUAGAACUGAGAUCCAAACUUGUGGAUGACAGAGGGGUGAUUUUCAAGGCGUCGGCCCGCUACGCAGCAGAUGAAACUGGCCAGGUGGAUGUCAACCGUUCUCCCUCUCUGGGAGGAAGCUACACUGGAGUGGAACCCAUGGGUCUGUUUUGGGCCAUGGCACCAGAGACACCACACAGUAAACUGCUGAAGAAAAAUGUGCUAAGUCCCACACUGGUAGAGAUAGGUGCACUGUGUGAAGAUACUGGUGAGGUGUUGGCCUCUGAAACCAAUGAGAGAGGAUUCAUGACAGAGGGAAUGAGAAGAAUUCCUCUGCAGGAGGACAGAAUAAGAGGAGUCCUCUUCCUGCCACCAGGAGAGGGUCCUUUCCCAGGGAUUCUGGAUUUGUACACCUUUGGUGGAGGCCUUUGUGAACCCAGAGCCAGUCUCUUGGCAAGUAAAGGUUUUGCCGUUCUGGCACUGGCUUAUUAUCGCUACCAGGAUUUACCCAAAACUCCCCCGAAACAUUUUGACCUGGAGUACUUUGAAGAGGCAUUAAACUUUCUCAAGAGACAGCCACAGGUCCAAGACCCUGGGAUAGGCAUCUUAUCGAUCUCUCACAGUGGCGGCAUGGCUUUGUCAAUGUCAUCUUUUUUCUCUGGGAUCUCAGCAAGUGUCUGCAUCAAUUGCUGCAAUGCGAAUACUGUGAUUCCAUUACGCCACAAAGAUACUGUUAUCCCCAUCCUUAUGCCAGACGUUGAGAAUGUUAAAAUCAGUGACUCUGGACUUGUGGACAUAAGGGAUGCCUUGCCGGACACCAUCUUAGAAAAGCACCAGGCUUCUGUGAUCCCUAUUGAGCGUGCCAGCUGCCAGUUCCUCUUUGCUGCAUCUGAAGAUGACCGCAACUGGAACAGUCCUCUUUUUGCCAAGCGAGCCACUGAAAGGUUGAGGAAUCAUGGCAAAGAGACAUUUGAGCUGGUUCAGUACCCCAAAGCUGGACACUUAUUGGAAGUGCCCUACAUGCCUCAUUGUCCAUCUGGGUUCCAUGGAGCUGUGGGGACUGCGGUGGCGUUUGGUGGGGAACCAAAAGCCCACGGUGAGGCUCAGCUGGACCUGUGGCUCAGAGUCCAAGAGUUCUUCAGAAAGCACUUGGGCAACAAGAAUAUCUGCUAGAAAGCAAUGCUCAAACACAGCAGCUGAAAAGGUCUUGAUCCUCACGUAUGAAACAUCUCAGAGUAGUAGUGCUUAACAGUAGCAGCCCCAAACUUGUACUUAAUGAAACUCUAAGAGGGUUAUGUAGUGAUACUUGAUUAGCAAUUCUACACUGAAAUGCCUUCUUAGAUUUCAGUACUAAUUGGUGCAAACUAAUUUUUUACAUCAGCAUUAAUGAUGAGGUGUCACAAAUGUAUGUUUGUAAAAUAGUUUGACAUAAUGUCACAGAGAAUGUAUAAUAGUACCAUGUCUCAAUGAAUGAAAUCUAAAAAUCCAUGAGAUGUGAACCAAGAAGCAGCUAUGAGUAAUGAUCUCACCCACCUUCAUCAGUACUUACAACACAUGUUUUUUUGUUUUUUUAACUUUGGUCACAAUGUAGGUAAAAUAACCACUUGAGUGUUGUUAAUGUAAUGUUGUCGACAUACUGCCAAUCCAGUUGUAACAUUCUCAGAUUUGGCUAGGGUUAUGAAACUGAAAGUGUUUGAAUCAUAACGUUCUGACUUCUUGAAAUUAAGACAAAUAAUAAUUGUUUUUUCUGAGGAUAGGUUUUCUGUUGUUAUAAAUUUACUUAAUGCUAGCGUACGUUUUGUCUUUUGAAUAAAAUAAAACAAAAACACUGAUGCUUUGUAUUAUGCUAUCUAGUAUAUAUCCUGUAUAUCCCCAAUGCAGUUAUAACCCUGGUGUAUAAUGAUGAUUCACCUGCUGGGUGUAUUCAGUAAACAAAUGAUAUAGGAAGAAAUAUUGUCUCCUUGCUGCCAGCAUACACCAGAUAUGUAUGUGACCUGAAAUAAUGCACCUAACAUAAUGAACAUUAGUCUCUUUUUGCUCUCAUUUUGUUUAAUUUUAGGGUACUUACAAUUUCAGAUUGUUCUGACACUCUGUAGAGACAGGUAAAAUAAACACUUGACAACAUUA